AUGUCCGACGAUGAGAUGAACAUUGACGAGGUCGCUGCUGGCGGAGCAGUGAGGCGACGGGGACGUGGUUUCCAAUCAGGGGCAUCGGGACAUGAAGGCAAAGGGGGUGCGGACGCGACAUACGAUCGCGUCGAUACGGCACAGACAAGCGGAGACACUCGCGCGGCUCGAUCCGUAGAAGGGUGGAUUGUGCUCGUUACCAACGUCCAUGAAGAGGCGACAGAAGAGGAUGUUCAAGACAAGUUCUCAGAGUAUGGGGAAAUCAAGAACUUGCAUCUCAAUUUGGAUCGACGGACGGGUUAUGUGAAGGGAUACGCGCUCGUAGAAUACGAGACGAUGGCCGAAGCGCAGAACGCUAUCGACUCCGCGUCUGGAUCUACGCUUCUGGAACAAACGAUCCAGUGCGACUACGCGUUUGUUCGACCACCACCCACAGGGCCAAAGAAAGGCAGGGGACAGCGAGGCCGCAGUGCCAGUCCAGGCCGCCGAAAGUAGCCAGUCUUUGCGAUCUCUUCCUUGCUUUCUCGUAUUUGCUCGUUUUCAUGUAAUAUUUGAUGCCUAUUCUCGAAGAAUUUUGUAUUCUGCUGCA